CCCUAACGCUCUGCAGGAGAGAGAAAGAACCACAGAGAGAGAGAGAGAAUGGCAGCAGCUACUGACGGGACCGAAUAUUUCGACGCCGGAUCACUGCGAAGCGAGAGCUUCGCGAGGCCAUCGAACUCGGAGACGUUGGAGGAGGACGAAGAGGAGCUCCGGUGGGCGGCGAUUUCUAGACUGCCGUCGCAGAAGAGGAACAAUUUUGCGCUAGUCAGGCAAGCGUCUCGGACAGCCGGUGAGACAGAUGACGAGAAAGGAGCGGAUAGAUUAAUCGAUGUGAGGAAGCUCAAUCGCGCUCACCGUGAACUCGUCGUCAAGCAGGCAUUAGCUACCAAUGAUCAAGACAAUUACAGGCUUCUUUCUGGCAUCAAAGAACGGCUUGACAGAGUUCAAUUGGAAGUGCCCAAGAUCGAAGUGAGGUAUAAGAACUUGAAUAUUGAGGCUGAUGUUCAAAUCGGUUCAAGAGCUCUCCCAACUCUGAUCAAUUCCACACGGGACGUUAUUGAGAAUGUUCUAACCAAACUGGGGAUAUUUCGACCCAAAAGGCAUUCACUAACCAUCCUGGAUAAUGUCAGUGGCGUCAUCAAACCUAAAAGGAUGACUUUGCUAUUGGGUCCACCCGGGUCGGGGAAAACUUCCCUGCUUUUGGCUCUAGCUGGCAAGCUUGAUACCAACCUGAAGAAAAGCGGCAGUAUAACGUACAAUGGACAUGAUCUAGAUGAGUUCUGUGUUCAAAGGACUUCUGCAUACAUUAGCCAAACAGAUAAUCACAUAGCAGAACUGACGGUAAGAGAAACUUUCGAUUUUGCUGCCAGAUGUCAAGGCGCAAGUGAAGGUUUUGCAGGAUACACAAAGGAACUGAGUCGCCUUGAGAAGGAAAGAAACAUACGACCAAGUCCAGAAAUUGACGCCUUUAUGAAGGCAUCAUCCAUUGGUGGUAAAAAGCAUAGUGUGGCCACAGACUAUGUUUUGAAAGUACUUGGUCUCGAUAUAUGUUCGGAGACGAUAGUUGGGAACGAUAUGAUGAGGGGAGUGUCUGGUGGCCAGAGAAAAAGAGUUACGACGGGAGAAAUGAUUGUUGGACCAAGAAAAACUCUAUUUAUGGAUGAAAUAUCAACUGGACUUGAUAGCUCUACUACGUUCCAGAUAGUUAAAUGCAUAAAGAAUUUUGUUCAUCUGAUGGAAGCUACUGUACUCAUGGCUCUCCUUCAGCCUGCACCCGAGACAUUUGAGCUGUUUGAUGAUCUGGUGCUUCUGUCCGAAGGGCAUGUGGUAUAUCAUGGCCCUCGAGAAAAUGUACUGGAGUUUUUCGAAUCAUUAGGUUUCAAACUUCCACCUCGUAAGGGCGUUGCAGACUUUCUUCAGGAGGUGACCUCCAAAAAGGAUCAAGCUCAAUACUGGGCUGAUCCUUCGAAACCAUACAGGUUUCUCUCAGUCCGUGAAAUUGCAGAUGCCUUUAGAAAAUCUGAAUUUGGAAGGUCUGUGGAUUCCAUGCUAUCUGUUCCAUAUGACAAAUCAAAGAGCCAUCCUUCAGCUUUGGCCAGAACUAAAUUUGCUGCAUCAAAGUGGGAACUCUCUAAAGCUUGCUUUGCACGAGAAGUGCUCUUGAUCAAAAGGCAUAGCUUCCUUUAUAUAUUUAGAACCUGCCAGGUUGUUUUUGUUGGAUUUGUCACAUGCACGAUAUUCAUUCGAACAAGACUACAUCCAACGGAUGAGUAUAAUGGAAACCUUUAUCUCUCGGCUCUGUUUUUUGGGCUCGUUCACAUGAUGUUUAACGGAUUUUCGGAGCUACCUCUCAUGAUAUCUCGGCUUCCAGUUUUUUAUAAGCAAAGAGAUAAUUUUUUCUAUACUGCAAUGGCUUGGUCUUCUUCUAGUUGGCUUCUUCGUGUGCCCUAUUCAGUUAUUGAAGCACUAGUAUGGACUGUAGUAGUAUACUAUAGCAUUGGAUUUGCUCCUGCUGCUGGAAGGUUUUUUCGCUACAUGCUUUUACUUUUUAUAAUGCACCAAAUGGCGUUAGGUCUCUUUCGGAUGAUGGCUUCUAUUGCUCGAGAUAUGGUUCUUGCUAAUACAUUUGGUUCAGCUGCGCUGCUGAUUACAUUCUUGCUGGGAGGAUUCAUUGUUCCCAAGGGAAUGAUCAAGCCAUGGUGGAUUUGGGGCUACUGGUUGUCACCCCUUACCUAUGGACAACGCGCCAUCUCAGUUAACGAAUUUACUGCCACCAGGUGGAUGCAGAAAUCAUUAGCCGGGGACAACACGGUUGGUUUUAACGUCCUCCAGUCACAUAGUUUACCGACCCAAGAUUACUGGUUUUGGGCUGGUGUUGGAGUUUUACUCGUCUAUGCAAUUUUUUUCAACAGCAUGGUCACUUUGGCCUUGGCCUAUUUGAAUCCACUGAGAAAAGCGCAGAUGGUUUUUCCCGAUGACUUAGACAACAAUUCUACUGGAGAUGGUAAUGCGGUUGGCUUGACGGCGCAUAGUGAUAAGCAGGUAAAGGACACGGGUUCUAUGUCUCCUGGAAAAGGAAGUAAAGCAAAGGGAAUGAUUCUUCCAUUUCAACAAUUGACUAUGACAUUCCACCAAGUCAAUUAUUUUGUUGACAUGCCCAAGGAGUUAAGUAAGCAAGGAAUCCCAGAAACUAGGUUGCAGCUCUUGGCAAAUGUGAGCGGAGUGUUCUCACCCGGCGUUCUUACUGCAUUAGUCGGGGCAAGUGGAGCGGGAAAGACCACUUUAAUGGAUGUUCUAGCCGGCAGAAAAACUGGAGGAUACAUAGAAGGCGACAUUAGAAUAUCUGGUCACCCAAAAGUGCAGAAGACAUUUGCCAGAAUAUCAGGAUAUGUUGAACAAAAUGAUAUACACUCUCCUCAAGUUACUGUUGAGGAGUCCCUAUGGUUUUCUUCAUCUCUUCGUCUUUCAAAGGAUGUCGGCGAACAUUCAAAACGUGAAUUUGUUGAAGAAGUAAUGAGACUAGUUGAGCUAGAUGCUCUAAGACAUGCUUUGGUUGGCUUGCCAGGUAGUUCUGGCUUAUCAACGGAGCAGAGAAAGCGAUUAACAAUUGCAGUAGAGCUUGUUGCAAACCCUUCCAUUAUUUUUAUGGAUGAACCUACAUCGGGACUUGAUGCACGUGCGGCGGCCAUUGUAAUGCGAACUGUUCGCAAUACAGUUAAUACUGGAAGAACGGUGGUUUGCACCAUACAUCAACCUAGUAUUGAUAUAUUUGAAGCAUUUGAUGAAUUACUUCUAAUGAAACGUGGGGGUCGAGUGAUAUAUGGAGGAAAACUUGGUACGCAGUCACAGAUAAUGAUAGACUAUUUUCAGAGUAUCAAAGGAAUAACCCCUAUUCCAAGUGGCUACAAUCCAGCUACUUGGGUACUUGAGGUAACUACACCUGCAGCUGAAGAGAAACUUGACGUGGAUUUUGCUGAUAUUUACAGGAACUCUGAACAAUACAGGACGGUGGAACAAUCUAUUAAGGAGUUCUCACAUCCUCCUCCUGGUUCAGAACCCCUCAAGUUUGACUCCAUGUAUUCGCAAAACCUGAUGACCCAACUUUCAUUGAACUUACGGAAACAAAAUCUUGUGUACUGGAGAAGUCCACAGUAUAACGCCGUGAGGUUAUUUUUCACCACAGUCAGUGCUUUAAUAUUUGGUUCCGUAUUUUGGGAGGCUGGCUCAAAAAGAGCAACAACUCAAAACUUAAUGGUUGCUAUGGGAGCUCUUUAUUCCGCGUGCUUGUUUCUUGGUGUGAAUAAUGCUUCUUCCGUACAACCAAUAGUUUCAAUAGAAAGGACGGUCUUUUAUAGAGAGAAAGCAGCUGGAAUGUACUCUCCAAUCGCAUAUGCCGCAGCCCAGGGUCUUGUGGAGAUCCCUUACAUUUUGGUCCAGACAAUUUUAUAUGGCGUAAUCACAUAUUUCAUGGUCGAUUUUGAAUUAACAGCUGGAAAAUUCCUCCUCUAUCUUCUGUUUAUGUUCUUGACUUUCACCUACUUCACCUUCUACGGCAUGAUGGCUGUUGGUUUGACCCCAUCCCAGCACUUGGCAGCUGUUAUUUCUUCCGCAUUUUACUCUUUAUGGAAUCUCCUCUCAGGUUUUCUGAUUCCAAAAUCGAGUAUUCCGGGGUGGUGGAUUUGGUUCUAUUACAUCUGCCCAGUUGCAUGGACGCUACGUGGUAUUAUCACAUCCCAGUUUGGCGAUGUUGAAACCAUCAUAGUGGGACCUGGAUUCGAGGGAACUGUAAAGCAGUACUUAGCUUCAAGCCUUGGAUAUGAUCUUGAGAUUAAUGGAGUUUCUGCUGUGCUGGUGUCUGCUUUAGUGCUUAUUGGCUUUGUUCUCCUCUUCUUUGGCUCCUUUGCUGUAUCCGUCAAAUUCUUGAAUUUCCAGAGAAGAUGAUUGGAUAUAACACAUAGAUCCAAAGGAUUAGAGGACUGCCAUAGUAAUUACUAUAUCGACCUGACAGUGAUACUAUACCUGACUUGUGAAGUGAACUCAAGUAAGAAUGCCAAGUUUAUUGAUAUACAAACAUGCAUGUUGGUUCAGUGAUAAUUUAUUUCUAAAUUCAAUGUGACAAGGGAUUUAUUUAUUUCUUUUUCUUUAGUAAAUUAAGUACAUGAAAAAUGAUCCUCACAGGAAGAUUAAACAAAAAGGGAAAGAGCGUACGAGCGUUAUUUUGAACCCCAAAAGUCAAGAGUGAAACCUUAUUAUUACAAAGAAAGUACUACACAGAGCCUUCUUUGGAUCCUAUUGUAUAAUUAACC